AUGCCAUCUUCGACCACACACACUAGCCAGUCAGAACGCGAGCCUCUCAAGCCCGACGAGGUGAAAGCAUGGCUGAACGAGCAAGACAUAUCUACCAUUAUCGAGUUCACCAACGUUGACCGCGAUGUCGCCGAGGCUGCAUUACUGAAGAGCAAAGGGAAUGUCCAGAGUGCGCUAAACGACAUAUUUCAGGGUGGAAUGAGGGAACCCGAGGAAAUAGAGCGUGAAAAGGCGGCUCAAAGCAUACGCGAAGACUUUGGCCAUCUUUUCCCGGGCUACACAGAGCCAGAGCGCGGACGCGACCGGGGUUUGCGUGACCUUGGUGGCUCCAGAAAGAAUUCAAUCGACUUGACGAGUGCAGAAGAAAGCUCCACCCGCUUCAGAGCCACAACCCGCUCUCCAGAUCCAAACUGGGCGCUCGUACCGGUGGCCUCACCCGCCAAACCUGCCGAUGACGACCUGAACAAGGCGCUGCAAGCGAGUUUGGACGAUUUCGCGGAGGAGUCAGACGAUAUGCCUCCAGAUGUUAUUAGUUUGCGCGAUGGGACAAGGCCAAUUGCGUUGCGUUCAGAUACGCCGUCGAAGGCAUAUAUGGCUUUGGUCUUCCAAAGUCUAUUCCAUGUCCCACAAGUCCGACAACGUUGCUCGAAACUUCGCCUCCAUUUGAAGGACGGCGCCAAACCCACCGACUAUCCUGAUUCUGCUAUCUGGACAUCGCUCGAAGUUUUUACGGUACUUGAUAUCGGUGACAUAUCAGUUGUGGUCGAGUCGGACAUGAUCCAAGCCUGGGAUUGUCCGCCUUUGCAGCACAACCUUUCAGUGGGGCAGCUUUCUAAACACUUUCUUGAAAAGGUUGUCAAUGUCCUCCAAGAAGAUCUUAACCAGCAGAAACUCGAAGAAGGACGACCAAAACUCUUCCAUUUCUCUUACUGCAAGAUCCACGUCGCGCCAUCUGGCCCUCCGACGACCGUCUAUAAGUCCGAGACGGGGCAUGUUGUCCCCAUCGAGAUUUCACCAGAUGCUUCCCCAGGCGGAAACUCUCUUGUCACACGACUCUCGCAGACAUUCAACACGUACAAUGCAGACGGCUCUUCCGACCAUCAGCUCAUCACCGGAGCCUCCGAAAUGGUGACAUUCGAGAUAACCGUGUUGGCACCAGUGCUGCCAACGCCGUCACCAGAACCGCUCACAUACCCUAAGACGCUGUUCUUGGACGAGUUUCUUGCGGAAAACUUGGACUUGGCGAAUGAGACGAGGGAGGAUCAGCGGCGGUAUCGAGGCGAGAUUGAGGCACUGAUGGAACGACGGAGGGCUUUAACUCGUUUUGAGGACCAAGAUACCCUCGAGAAUCUACGCGGGACAAUCGACUACUACGAAAACGUGGCACCGAAGGGCUCGCCUGAAUAUUUCGACGGUGUUCUUAAGUGCAAUAUACCGGAACGAACGGCGGCACUACAGAACAACGCGUUGAACCAUGCAUUUCAAAGCAAUACCAAUAACCUUGUCAUAGUAAUCGACCAGCGAGUCGAAACGCUUCGAGCUGACCUCGAACGGGUGUCAAACAACCCUGAGCUCCAAAAGCACGCAUAUGAUUUGCGAGCGGUCCUGGUUCAUACCGGCUACCCGGGGCGCAAGCACAUCUACUCCUACGUCCACGAUAACGGCACGUGGUGGCAUAUUCUCGACUACACCGUCCGGGAGGUCACCGAGGAUGUCGUUCUUUCAGAUCCCAGUGGGCUGCACACAAACGCAGGCCCUUAUAUGCUGAUUUAUAACCGGCGACAACUGGAUCGUGAAAUUGAGAAGCCUGAAUGGCCAGCGACGUUUGUGGUGAUGCCCAAAAUAGCAAUUUUCUCCGAGCCGUCUCUUCCUCUCAACCACGAUGUGGCUCUACACUAUUGUCAAUUUACCCGCACAACCAUCGCUGUUCGCAACCCCAGGCUCGGAGUUGAUGUCGAAAGCGCGAGACAUCGGCCACCCAACAUACAUAAACACCUAAUUUUGAAGUGCUGCGGGUCCGCUUCAAAAAUAAGCUCGAAUGCUGGCGCUUCAAGCAACUCUACUUUCUCUCCUUCUUUUUUCCUGUGGCUCAUGCUAGGGCUCUUCGUCGCGUCCUUACUCUGCAGAGCGGCAACUGCCUCAAUCACUGUCUAUGGGCAAGCUGGUCAGGUUACACUCGCUGUCCCAAACGGGACGGCCACAGCGGCCCCUGCAACAGUUACUACCGCUGCCGCAUACAACACUACGGUGCUCAAGCCUCCACCUAUCCCCAACCCGCCACCUGCAGCGGCCUUUACACUCACCCUCCAGCAGAGCAGCUCCAGUGUGACUGGACUGUCGAUCCCAAUAAAGGGAACAUUCUGGGGCUUUUCUGUCGAGAUGUCGGUCAUCACUCAGCUAUUUGGAAAGAACUCAUCAUACGUCCAGGUCCCGCUCCUCAAUUUGUUGGCAAAUAUCCAAGAACGGGCCGGGGCUGUACACGUGAGAAUCGGUGGCAACACACAGGAAUAUGCGUACUAUGUCGACGCCCUUCCCGAUGGACAUGCCAUCUCGAAGGAAAAGGCUGACACCAAAAACCCUACAGAGACGCCAGCUGUUAUCUACACGAUGGACUUGUUUUAUUUGUUGUCAAAUAUUUCCUCUCUGGUCAACGCUCGGUGGUAUAUCGGUAUGCCUUUCAACGACACCAGUGACUUCCGCUUCCAGAUCGUCGAAUACGCUGAAGCUAUUCUUGGCAACAAUCUACUCGGGGUCCAAGUAGCAAACGAGCCUGAUCUUUACGCCGACCAUGGUCACCGAAAUAAAACAUACUCGCCCCAAAAUUACACCAACGAAUUUGGCCAACUCGUGACUGCGAUGGCCGCGAACGGCAACAUCCCAGUGAAAAAUACCCUCAUCGGCCCCAGUGUCUCGGGCACAUGGACGCCCGAGAUGGUGUGGAACACCGGCUUCAUUGAGGAAUACACAGACAGUCUCGGCGCUCUCGCUGUUGAACAUUACCCAACGGACAACUGCCAGCCUAUCUAUGGAAUCGGGAGCUUCCACGACCCGCAAACUGAAUUUCCCAACUUUUUGAACCAUACAUUUGGUGUUACGCUCUGCGAGCCAUAUCUCAACUCAACAGCGAUCGCACAGCAAGCUGGAAAGCCGUUUUUGAUGUUUGAGACCAAUAGCGCAUCAUGUGGAGGCUUUCCAGGGAUCUCUGAUAGUUUUGGCGCGGCUUUGUGGGCGUUGGACUACGGGCUCCAAAUGGCCUACUCCAAUUUCAGCGGCGCGAUGAUGCACGUUGGAGGGCAGAAUGUCUUUUAUAAUCCGUUCACUGGCAUGCGCCUUCUCCGCCAAUGA